UGGGCAAGUCCUCUUCCACUCCGUGCUUAAAAAGAAAAGGGUCUCCUCCUUUUCAACCCACCUCUCCUAUUUCUGAUCAAUCCUAUUUCUUUCUCUAAAACUUUUUCCUCGGCGCAGCUGAUAGAAUCCACAUGGAGGAACUCAUUAUUUCUCCAUCUUCAUCAUCUUCACCGGUCUCCUUAUCCCAAGAAACCCCACCGACUCUCCAACAAAGGCUUCAAUUCAUAGUCCAAAACCAACCAGAUUGGUGGUCUUAUGCCAUAUUUUGGCAAACAUCAAACGAUGACAGCGGCCGAAUCUUCCUAGGCUGGGGUGAUGGCCAUUUUCAAGGCUCUAAAGAUACUUCUCCCAAACCAAACACCUUCAGCAAUAGCCGCAUGACGAUAUCAAACUCCGAGAGGAAAAGGGUCAUGAUGAAGGGAAUCCAAUCCCUGAUCGGUGAAUGUCACGAUCUUGAUAUGUCUCUGAUGGAUGGUAACGAUGCUACCGACUCUGAGUGGUUCUAUGUCAUGUCCCUUACUCGAUCUUUCUCACCUGGAGAUGGCAUCCUUGGCAAAGCUUAUACAACUGGUUCUUUGAUUUGGUUAACUGGUGGCCAUGAACUUCAAUUCUACAACUGUGAAAGAGUCAAAGAAGCACAAAUGCAUGGCAUUGAGACCCUGGUUUGCAUACCUACAUCGUGUGGGGUUCUUGAAUUAGGAUCCUCUUCUGUGAUCAGAGAAAAUUGGGGUCUUGUUCAACAAGCCAAGUCUCUUUUUGGGUCAGAUCUUAGCGCUUAUUUGGUGCCCAAAGGCCCUAAUAACUCCAGUGAAGAACCGACCCAGUUUCUUGACAGGAGCAUUUCUUUUGCGGAUAUGGGCAUAAUAGCUGGACUUCAAGAAGAUUGUGCAGUUGAUCGUGAACAGAAGAACGCUCGUGAAACAGAAGAAGCAAAUAAACGUAACGCUAAUAAACCAGGCCUGUCUUAUUUGAACUCAGAGCAUUCAGACUCGGACUUUCCUCUACUUGCUAUGCAUAUGGAGAAAAGAAUUCCAAAGAAAAGAGGGAGAAAGCCUGGCCUGGGCAGAGACGCCCCACUGAACCAUGUAGAGGCUGAGAGGCAGCGGAGAGAGAAGUUGAACCACCGGUUUUACGCGCUGCGUGCGGUGGUCCCAAACGUGUCUAGAAUGGACAAAGCAUCACUAUUAUCUGAUGCUGUAUCCUACAUCAAUGAAUUGAAGGCGAAGGUUGAUGAAUUAGAGUCACAACUAGAAAGGGAAUCCAAGAAAGUGAAAUUGGAAGUUGCCGAUAAUUUGGACAAUCAAAGCACCACCACUUCUGUGGACCAAUCAGCCUGCAGGCCGAAUAGUGCUGGUGGCGCUGGGCUUGCACUUGAAGUUGAGAUCAAGUUUGUGGGUAAUGAUGCAAUGAUUAGAGUCCAAUCGGAGAAUGUGAACUAUCCAGCUUCCAGGUUAAUGUGUGCGCUCCGUGAACUGGAGUUUCAGGUUCACCAUGCUAGUAUGUCCUGUGUUAACGAGCUUAUGCUCCAAGAUGUGGUAGUUAGGGUUCCUGAUGGACUGAGAACCGAAGAGGCCUUGAAAUCUGCUCUUCUUGGAAGACUAGAAUAACAGUAAAGAUCAUGGUUAUGGCUGUUCAUAUUAUAUAAAUAUAUCAUGAUCAAAAGCCGAUUGUUUUGCUUGUUUUCUAUUCUCUAUUUUCCAUGUCUACCUCCAAAUUAUGUGUUUAUGGAAUAAAUGAAGCAAUCAUCCCUUUUUCAACA